AUGCCCAGCGAGGAGGCCCGGGCCAGAAUCCUGCAGAUCCACUCCCACAAGGUGAACAUCAGUCCUGAUGUGAACUACAAGGAGCGGGCCCGCCGUGCAGAUGACUUCAGUGGGGCCGCAUCCCUGGGGGCGGAGCGUUGGCGGCCGGUCUGGGCCGCAGGUGGCAGCCCCCGACCCCCGGCGCCGAGGCCACCCCCCGCCGGGAAGCCACAGCACUCCGGGCGCCGAGGCCACAGCCCUCCGGGCGCCGAGGCCACACCCCGCCGGGAGGGGGCGCCUCCUGCUGGGGGAGGUACCGCCCGCGGCGCCGCCGACCGCAGUCCAGCCGCAGUGCGCCCAACCAGGCCGCGCUCCUUCCGACGCCGGUCCCUGCUCGCCGCGCCCCUGCCGAGACCCCGCGCCAUGGCCGGCAUCGCGGCCAAGCUGGUGAAGGACCGAGAGACGGCCGAGGGGCUGGGCUCGCACGAGAAGUCCAUUAAGUACCUCAACCAGGACUACGAGGCGCUGCGGGACGAGUGCCUGGAGGCCGGGACGCUCUUCCAGGACCCCUCCUUCCCGGCCAUCCCUUCCUCCCUGGGCUUCAAGGAGCUGGGACCCUACUCCAGCAAGACGCAGGGCAUCGAGUGGAAGCGGCCCACGGACCCCUGCUUGGAGCUGCGUGCUGUGUUUGCAGGUGACUGCUGGCUACUGGCGGCCAUUGCCUCCCUCACCUUGAGUGAAGAGGUCCUGGCUCGCGUCGUGCCCCUAGAGCAGAGCUUCCAGGACAGCUAUGCGGGGAUCUUCCACUUCCAGUUCUGGCAGUACGGCGAGUGGGUGGACGUGGUCGUGGACGACAGGCUGCCCACCAAGGACGGAGAGCUACUGUUCGUGCACUCCGCGGAGGGCAGAGAGUUCUGGAGCGCACUGCUGGAGAAGGCCUACGCCAAGGUCAACGGCUGUUACGAAGCACUCUCGGGGGGCGCCACCACCGAGGGCUUUGAGGACUUCACGGGGGGCAUCGCCGAGUGGUACGAGCUCAGGAAGGCUCCUCCCAACCUGUUCAGGAUCAUCCAGAAGGCUCUGCAGAAAGGCUCCCUCCUCGGUUGCUCCAUCGAUAUCACCAGCCUGGCAGACUCCGAGGCCAUCACGUUCCAGAAGCUGGUGAAGGGGCAUGCGUACUCCGUCACCGGGGCCGAGGAGGUCGAGAGUGGGGGAAGCCUGCAGAAGCUGAUCCGCAUACGCAACCCCUGGGGAGAGGUGGAGUGGACCGGGAAGUGGAGUGACGGCUGCCCCAACUGGAACACUGUGGACCCCGAGGUGAGGGAGCGGCUGACCCAACGGCAGGAGGACGGGGAGUUCUGGAUGUCUUUCAGCGACUUCCUGAGACACUACUCCCGCCUAGAGAUUUGCAACCUGACCCCCGACACCCUCACCAGCGAAUCCUACAAGAAGUGGAAACUCACCAAGACGGACGGGAACUGGAGACGGGGCUCCACCGCGGGAGGCUGCCGAAACUACCCGAACACUUUCUGGAUGAACCCUCAGUACCUGAUCAAGCUGGAGGAGGAGGACGAGGACCAGGAGAACGGGGAGAGCGGCUGCACCUUCCUGGUGGGUCUCAUCCAGAAGCACCGGCGAAGGCAAAGGAAGAUGGGCGAGGACAUGCACACCAUCGGCUUUGGCAUCUAUGAGGUCCCAGAGGAGAUGUAUGGACAGACCAACAUCCACCUCAGCAAAAACUUCUUCCUGACGCACCGAGCGAGGGAGCGGUCCGACACCUUCAUCAACCUGCGUGAGGUGCUCAACCGCUUCAAGCUGCCCCCGGGAGAGUACAUCCUGGUGCCGUCCACCUUCGAGCCCAACAAGGACGGGGACUUCUGCGUGCGCGUCUUCUCGGAGAAGAAAGCCGACUACCAGGUUGUCGAUGACGAGAUCGAGGCCAACCUUGACGAGAUAGACGUCAGUGAGGACGACAUCGAGGACGGGUUCAGGAGGCUGUUUGCCCAGAUAGCAGGCGAGGACGCAGAGAUUUCUGCCUUUGAGCUGCAGACCAUCCUGAGGAGAGUGUUGGCCAAGCGCCAGGACAUCAAGUCGGACGGCUUCAGCAUCGAGACCUGCAAAAUCAUGGUGGACAUGCUGGACUCAGAUGGUAGCGGGAAGCUAGGGCUGAAGGAGUUCUACGUUCUCUGGACAAAGAUCCAGAAGUACCAGAAAAUUUACCGGGAAAUCGACGUGGACCAGUCGGGCACCAUGAACUCCUAUGAGAUGCGGAAAGCGUUAGAGGAAGCUGGCUUCAAGCUGCCCCGUCAGCUCCACCAGGUCAUCGUUGCUCGCUUUGCGGACGAUGAGCUCAUCAUCGACUUCGACAAUUUCAUCCGCUGUCUGGUUCGACUGGAAACACUGUUCAGGAUUUUUAAGCAGCUGGACCCCGAGAAUACCGGGACCAUACAGCUGGACCUCAUCUCUUGGCUCUGCUUUUCGGUCCUCUGAAGUCAUAACGGAUCCCCCUGAAGACAAGCAGCUGAGCACUAGGCCUCCACAGAGAAACUUUUUAUCUGGACCUUGCAAUUACGGGAACAUUUACUUAAACAGAUGAUUAUAGCUGAAAAUAAAGAUGCUUUUUGAGAUAGAACUUCCAGAUUUCAAAGUAGAAGAUUUGCAUAUCAUGAUAUUAAACGCCAGCGAGUCACUUAACCCUUGGUAAGCUCAAAGAAACUCUGAAAUCUGUUACCUAGUCUACUUUUACACACUUUCCCGUUUGUAGCAAUAUUCAACCAGGGAAACAACGCAGGGAGGUAUUUUAACAGCUGCCCAUGCGUGAAGUUCGUCUCCAAGGACACAAGGCCCCUGCUGGGAAUAUUUAAAGCAACUUCAGGUUUAAAAUUGCAGCGGUGACGUUGACCCAAGAGCAGCCCGUGUCCCCGGAGUAAAACGGAAGACAGGAUGCAUCGCGGAGGGGCCGAGAAGACCCCACUCCACCACGUGACUCGCCCGGGUACCCGCGUGUCCUAGCCCAAACCCUGAGCAGCCUGCUCUCAGACAGGGAGCGUCCCAGCUGCUCAAGGGAGUUGACUCUGGCUUAGCCACCUGAAGCGAGCACAAAUGCAGGGGCCCGGGUCCGAUCAUGGUCAAGGACAGAACCUGCUGUCUGCCGUCCGGACGUCACCCCGCCCUGCUUGUGCGUGGAGUCAGGAGGGACAUGGCGUGGGAGCUGGUCCCCUGGCUCCACCCUGGGGAAACGCUAGCAGCAUUAUGAAAAUACCGCCUACUUGCCUUAUCUUCUUCCGAAUGUGCUGUUAAUAAAGAGUCGCCCAGACAGUC